GCACGGAUCCUGCUCUCCAACAAGUUUGCACCAUCUUUCUUUUCUUUGCAAGAAGAAGAAAAGCAUCAGAGCCAGGUUGGAGGGAGAGAAGCCAGGAUCAUCCGCAAUUGGAGUUGUGUUGGAAAUGACCCCUCGGGACUCUCCCAGUGCCAUCCUGGGCGCUUGGGAGCUCCUCUUCCUCCUUGUUGCCCCUCUGUCCGGCCAGCUGUGCCCAGUCCCUUGCGAGUGCUCAGAACCAGCCCGCACCGUGAAGUGUGUCCAGAAAGAGCUGACUUCCAUCCCAGCUGGCAUUCCUGGAUAUACCCGCAACCUCUUCAUAAUCGGCAACCAGAUCGCCCACAUCGGCAGCCAGGAUUUCAAGGGGCUGCCAAAUUUGGUCACGCUCUCUCUGGCCAGCAAUAGGAUUAACACCAUAGAGUCACAGACCUUCUCUACUCUCCAGAGCCUGCGCUAUUUGGACCUGAGUCAUAAUCUUUUGGCUGCCAUCCACCCUAAUGCUUUCAAUGCUAGGAACAACUCCAUCCGAGAGCUGAACCUCAGCCACUCGCUAUGCAACUCCUCUGCCAUCCGCCCUGUGGCGAAUGCCCUGGCCCAGGGGGGCUUCCAGAACCUCUCCAGGCUGGAACUCCCCAGCAAUGAAAUUGUCUACUUGCCAGGCGGCAUGUUCUCCACCCUCCCCAAGCUCGAGCAUUUAGACUUGAGGAAUAAUUCCUUGGUGGACAUCAAGAACUCCACCUUUGUUGGCCUUGAUCUUAAGUACCUUGAUUUGACCUCAAAUUCCUUCAAGACCCUGAGGAGCGAAGCAUUGUCUGCCCUCAGGAGGCAAUCGCACCUCCGCCUCUUCCUGAGGGACAACCCGUUUGUCUGCAACUGCGACAUAGAAGACCUGGUGAACUGGCUGAACCAGAGCCGGCUGGUGGUGGAUGUGGAGAAGUUAGCUUGUGCCUUCCCACAGGAACUGAAAAAUGCCUCCCUGGUGGAAUUGGCUGGGGCAGAUCUGGAGUGCCACACCAGCCAGCAUGGCGAAAAUGUUCUUCAGACAUCCUACGCCGCUUUAGGUGCAGUCCUAGGAGUCAUUGGUGUCAUCUUCCUCUUUGUGCUUUACUUGAACCGUAAGGGUAUCAAGACAUGGAUGAACAGCAUGAGGGAUACCUGCCAGAGUCUGAUGGAGGAGUAUCAGUAUCGCUACGAAAUAGACUCUGAUCGCCACAUCACGCAGGUUUCGGCACUGGAUGUAUAAUGCUGUUGAUAACUUGGGGGGGGGGGGGCUUUCCAAUGUUCCUUUGCUGUGUCUAUCAGGCACCCUGAACUGAUGCCACCCAUAGUUUUUGGAAGUGGGCUGUUUAGAAAUGCUUUCUCUGCCGUUGAAAACCCAAGCCAAUUAAGACGGAGGGACCUGUGGAUCAAAACUCUGGGUGUAAUCUCAAAGAGCCUCCUUUUACAUUCAUCCUUAACAUUCUGCAGGUGGUUUGGCUAAUUUGAAACUCAAAAGGAAGAGCAUAUCGCAGUUCUAGGAGCCAGCUCUGCAGAGAAUGGAAAGAAAAUGUCACCAUUCUGAUGGGAUGUGCCGUCACCAAAACUUUUAGUCUCCUGGAGGACCAGGAGUCUGGAAUCUUAUCCUGUUGAGUCUUAAAUAUUCUGGGGAGUCUAUUUUUGUCAUGUUUGAACAGAAUCAGUUAUCUGUCAGGCUCACUGAGCAACAGGUCCAUGGGAUGGUGUGGUGCUUAUGUCAGACAUGGCCAAAUAACUUUGGUCUUCGUAAAGGACCCCUCUCAGCAACUGCACCGGUUCCGAGGACACGUGGGGGAAUGCUAUGGUGGUAUGCUUGGUCAAAGGCCCCAAACCUCCAGCAUGCUAAGAAUAAGCAUGCUUGAGGGAAGAUUAGCUUAGAAUCAUAUAGUUGGAAAGGACCUUUGAGGUCAUCUAAUUCAAUCCCUACUCAGUGCUGGAUGCAACUACAGCACCCCUGGCAGAUAGUCAUCCAGCUCUGCUUAAAUACCUUCGGUAAAGGACAGUCCACCACAGUCUGUUCCACUAUGAAAAAGCUCUGUUAGAUAUUUUCUCCUGAAGUCAAGCUGAAAUUUGCUUCCUUGCCUUCUCUGCCCAUUGUUUCUCACCUCUUUGCCAUACUAUUUUUCCAUGUGCAAAGAACUUGUGACAGCAUUAAAUCUUGCCAUUGUCUUACCCUCCA